UACAUAUGAUAAGCCGCCGCCGUCGGUAAAAUUAUUGCGCUUCGUUGUCUCUUCGCAGGGCCUUUCGGUGUUGAUAUAUAUAUGGCCAUAGUGCCCUUAACUUCCAAAUCAAUCAGUUUUGCAUUUCACCUGGAGCUCUUCAAACAAGUAUCAUAAUGGCUGAACCAAUCCGUGUUGUUGUCACUGGUGCUGCAGGUCAGAUCGCCUACUCGCUUCUCUAUAUGAUUGCUCGUGGCGAAGUAUUUGGCAAAGACCAGCCCCUAAUUUUGCAUUUAUUGGACAUUCCUCCAAUGGUUGGUGUUUUGGAAGGCGUUGUUAUGGAAUUAGCUGAUUGUGCUUUACCUUUGCUCCGGGAAGUGGUUCCAACCACCGAUCCUGCUGUAGCUUUUAAGGAUGUCUCUGCUGCUUUCUUAGUUGGAGCUAUGCCUCGCAAGGAAGGCAUGGAACGUAAAGACUUGUUGUCUGCUAAUGUGAAGAUUUUCAAAGCCCAAGGCCAAGCUUUGGACAAAUAUGCACGCAAGGAUGUGAAAGUGUUGGUUGUUGGUAAUCCAGCAAAUACCAAUGCAGUUGUUUGCUCCUUCUAUGCACCUUCUAUUCCCCGCGAAAACUUUAGUGCCAUGACCCGCUUGGAUCAAAAUCGUGCAACCGCACAAAUUGCCGCCAAGGCUAAGGUACCUAUUAGCGAUGUUAAAAAUGUUAUCAUCUGGGGAAACCAUUCGUCCACCCAAUUUCCUGAUGCCAGUCACGCCGUUGUAACUGUUGGUAACACUGAAAAACCCGCUGUGGAAGCUGUUGGAGAUGCCGAAUUCCUAAAGAGCUCUUUCGUCGAAACAGUUCAGAAGCGAGGUGCUGCUGUCAUUGCUGCCCGCAAGAUGUCAUCGGCUAUGUCUGCUGCUAAGGCCGCUUGCGACCAUAUGCAUGAUUGGUGGAACGGCACUGCCCCCGGUCAAUACGUUUCGAUGGGCGUUAUUUCCGACGGCAGCUACGAUGCACCCAAGGAUGUUAUCUACUCCUUCCCCGUUGAAAUCAAAAACAAACAGUGGAAGAUCGUACAGGGAUUGUCUUUGGAUGACUUUGCCAAGUCAAAAAUGGCCGUGACCGGCAAGGAAUUAUUGGAAGAGAAAAAUGAGGCAAUGGCCGUCUGCAACGCCGAUUGACUAGCCGGCCCAGCCGACUCAAAAUUGUAAAUGAUCAGUCUGACUAGUACUGGUUAAUGUCAGGAUUUGAGUUAGAUAAAUAUGAUUAUAUUAAAGUUUCGACACACCCAGCCCUUGUUAUUGGAUAUUCUCUUAGCCCGCAAUGUUAUAUUUGUUAUUUCUCAAUAUUUAUCUCAUCCGAAGAUAGUUUGAUUCACCGUCUUCUUAGAAAUGUAUAUUUAAAUUUAGUGAUAUGAAUUUAAUAUAAUCGUCUAAUCGAAAUUUGUACCCAUCUAAUAAUUUCAAUGUUUUUGUUAGUUUUUUACGUCACAAAUAAAAUUUGUGUCAUUGAUACAAAAACGGUCAUAA